AUGACACUGAUGAACGUAUGUGUCUACGGCCUCUCCAGCCAGAUGCUGGAGGCUUUCUUUGUGCGAGAGUGCGCUCGAAGCGCGCAUCCGCUCGUGGCUUCCUCCGCCUCGGAGCUGCGCUUUGGUCUUGUGGCCGCAGGGGAAAGUAUGGGGGCAUGGGGCAUGGCGUGGCCUGUGGCGCUCGAGUGGUGCCAGUGCCAGCGUACCCCAUGCAUACACGUUCCUUACCUCUCGUACCACCCCCACCACUGCGAGGGCGGUCGACAGUCUUCCGUGGAGCAUUACGUGGCUCAGGUGCGUUUUACAAGUCAGGAGAUGAACAGGUUACGUGAUCAGCAGUCUGACGCAGAGCACCUUUCCAUGCCGUGCCGGCUGGUCAUUCUAGAGGAGGCAUUCCUUCGCGCAUCGUGCGCCCCCGAGUCGAGCAUCUGUGUCGCCCCUGGCACUGUGAUUGCCGGGGUUGAUCAGCGGUACAGCCAGCCUUCCUCUCUCUGCAUCACACCAUUUGAACCCAAAAAGAAUGUGUUCAUGGAGUGCGACGGAGAGGCACCACAGUGGCUGGCGGUACUGGAUGUGCGUCAGUGCCACGAUGGCAGCGACAUAGAGGACGGUGAUCCGCUUGGUUGCAUUGGAAGGAAUGGCGCUGCUACAGCGCCCGUCUGCUUCGGUUCCACUGGUGAGCAGUUUGCCUUUCUCUACAACUUGCCUGCGCUGCCGCGACGCACCUUUGCCCCUGUGCUCAAGACGGUAUCCUCUGGGAUGAAUUUUCCGGCAUCCGAAGAGGACGCAGACGUUCGCGUCGGCUCACCAAACGGCAGCAUCCCACCUUUCUGCGAAUGCCUUCCUGACAGUGGUAAGCGUGCAGCCGCCGAUACCCCAGGGCCGUUGCUCUCUCUCACCUUCUACGCCAACGAUCCUACCCAGCCGUUCGACCAGGCCGCGUGGGAGUCGAGGUUGACGUCGCAUCAGAGCGAGGUGAUGCGUCGGCGCAUGCGCGAGACUACCGACGGAGUUCCGUCGACCACCGUCUGCCACGUCACCGACGUGCGACCGGUUCCGGUGGAGGGCAGCUGCUGGUGUCGCUUUCAUCUGCCUAUGCCUGUGCCAUCGAAGCGGCAGCUACGUCAGGUGCACAUGAAGCGUGUGGCUGCGGCCGCGUCAGGCAACAGUGACCAGGACAACUACAGCACAGCGAGCCCGCCAGGGUCUUCAACAUCGUCGGUAUCCACGAUAAGUUCCCCCCACAGUGGCUGCUACCACAGUCACGUGGAGAGCUCACGGCGCUCUGCACGUGAUGGGGAAACACGGCCGUCUGCUGGUUUCCUGGCCAAGGGCUGGUGUGUGCGACCAUUGCAGACAAUCAAGCCCGUUCUGCCGCUGACGGGCUUAGCGGACAGCAGUGGAAGAGCGCCGCUCAUGGCGGCGCGUACGCAGCAUGCGUGGACGUGUCUCCUCAACCUUCACGAGCUGGAGGAAUUUGCGAUCGAGGUGACUGUCAAGGUGCCGUACAUCGCGGAUGGCACGGUGCUUUCCCUCCAAGGCAAUACCGUACUCUUCUCCGGCAUGCUGCAUUCCAGCACGAGCGGCACCGUGCUCUUGCCAGUCUACUGCCCUGCGCCCGCGGGUGCGCCGGAAGGCGUCGCGUCGCUGUGGAUGAAGCUGUACGUGCAGUACCUGUUGACGUUUCCAUUGGAGGGGUGUGGGCAACGCGGGCCGCUGGAGAUUGUGCGGUCCCUGGAGUCGCUUGCGUGGCUCACUGUCUCCACCUUGAUUGGACACCGCGGGUUGGGCAAGACAUACACACGCUCGUCCUCCCCCCGCAGAGGCGCGCCACUCGUCAUAAAAUGCAGCGAGAACACCAUACCAUCAUUCCAAGCCGCGCACGCCCGCAAGUGCAAUAUGAUCGAAUUUGACGUCAUGCUCUCCGAGGACCGCGUGCCGGUUGUGAUUCACGACCCGCUGAUUGAGCUGAUGGCGCUGAAGCGAGAGGGUGUACGGGCGUGUCCGGAUAAGGCUGAGUACACAUCAGUGCGCGCUGCGGUGCACAGGUUGAACUAUACGCGGCUGCGUGGCCUGCAUGUGCAGUGCUGCAAGCCUCUUGACCGCGUGUUCGCCACCAAAGACCUGCUGGUACAACAUUGGGAUACUCUGAUAGCGUGGGCGCGCAAUUGUCAGCCCAAGCUGCUGAAGGGCUCGUCGUCGUCGCAGAACAGCGUAUGCAAUUGCAGCUCAGUGCGGACCGUUGAGAGCUCGGUGAUGCGAAUGGAGGACUUUCCGAACGGUGUGCCGUCGCUCCGGGAAGUGCUGGAGCAGACGCCACCAUCUCUGAGCUUCAACAUAGAGGUGAAAUACCCUUUCCAACCGCUCGUCGACUCGAACCUCUUUCUACAGAGUGACGCGUUCGAGGUGAACGGGUUUGUGGACGAAAUCCUGCGAGUCGUCUUUGAAUUUUCGGACGACGGGCGCAAUAUCGUUUUCAGCAGUUUCGACCCCAACGUGUGCCUUGCGCUGGCCCUGAAGCAGAGUCGCUACGAUGUCUUCUUCCUCAGUGAUACGAAGGAGAUGCGUGACUUGAAGGACUACCGUUCCUUCUACGUGGAGGGCGCCAUCCAGUUCGCCGCUGCGCAGCACCUCGCGGGUGUUUCGAUGAACGCAGGGACGCUUCUCUCACCAGAGGAUGAGGUGGUGCUGCCAAAUAUUCCUGAGGUGCCACUGCACGGUUCGGCCGAACGAGGCCCCGUGAUAGCAGAUCUGUUCCAUGCUGAUGAUCCGCAGCAUGCUCCACCCACCGUGCCGCCGUCCUUCGGUGCGUAUGGACGCGCCAUGAUCGCCGAGAUGCAUCACCGAAACCUGAAAGUGUGGACGUGGGGCGAUAUGAACAGCUACCUCUACUUUGCCUACGUGCAGGCGACCAAGAUGCGGGUCGAUGGUGUAAUUGGGGAUCGCAUGCCCGUGCUCCCCUCUCUAAAACAAUGUGGACAACAUUCAACCCUCGACAUGAAGCCUUCAGACGAAGAGCGUGUUGAGAUGGAGAAGCUCGGAAGUGAUCACUGA